GAUCACACAAAGCCAAUACUUACAAUGUUUCAAAGUGUCUUUAUUUGUUAUUGUCAUUCAGUAUCACGUUUCCAACAGUCUCACAGCAUCAGAUGCAGAAUGCAGAGAAAAGGGGAAAAAUAAAUCUCAAACUUAAACCAUUUUCCUUUUCCACAUACUAAAAUAAAAAACACCAAAUAAUACAGUCUCCUUCAAAGAAAAUAGAAAAAGUAGCAAAACUAAGGAGCAGUCUGGAACUAUAAGGACAACAGAACAGAAAGAUGGAUCUGCAUAAAUACAUAUAUACAAAAACCAACAGCAUCAUAUCUCCCCGUGAAAGCAGAGUGCAGUGUGUAGCAGUUGACGCAGGAAACAGACCUUUUACUGGGGGGGAAAAAAAAAAAAGAAUCAUCUCGUUGAUCCGGGAGGAAAAUACUAAACACCUAAAUAGUUCAGUUUGUUUGGAUUACUGCUCAUAAUGCGAACAUAUCCAUAUUGUAGCCACCAGUAGAUGAUUAAAUAUCACAAUUACUAACAUCACCAUUCAUGUGUUAAUUAACAAGAGGAUUAUUUAAAUGGAUCAUCUACAUGCGCAACCAAAAUCCUGCAAGCAAAUGGGAGGCGUUUUGACCAGAGUCCUAUGAGGCCUGGUCAAAAGUAGUGCACUACAUAGGGAAUAGGGUGCCGUUUGAUACACAUCCGAUGACUCUCCAACUCAAUGUUUCAGACGAAAAUCACUGGUGUCCGAACCAGGAAAUGAGGUCACUCAAAGCCAACCCGACAACAAAUCACUGGUGUCCAAACCAGGAAAUGAGGUCACUCAAAGCCAACCCGACACCAAAUCACUUGUGUCCAAACCAGGAAAUGAGGUCACUUAAAGCCAACCCGACAACAAAUCACUUGUGUCCAAACCAGGAAAUGAGGUCACUCAAAGCCAACCCGACAACAAAUAACUGGUGUCCAAACCAACCUAUCAGGUCACUCAAAGCCAACCCGACACCAAAUCACUGGUGUCCAAACCCACCUAUCAGGUCACUCAAAGCCAACCCGACAACAAAUCACUGGUGUCCAAACCCACCUAUCAGGUCACUCAAAGCCAACCCGACAACAAAUCACUGGUGUCCAAACCCACCUAUCAGGUCACUCAAAGCCAACCCGACAACAAAUCACUGGUGUCCAAACCCACCUAUCAGGUCACUCAAAGCCAACCCGACAACAAAUCACUGGUGUCCAAACCCACCUAUCAGGUCACUCAAAGCCAACCCGACAACAAUCACUGGUGUCCAAACCAACCUAUCAGGUCACUCAAAGCCAACCCGACAACAAAUCACUGGUGUCCAAACCAACCUAUCAGGUCACUCAAAGCCAACCCGACACCAAAUCACUGGUGUCCAAACCCACCUAUCAGGUCACUCAAAGCCAACCCGACAACAAUCACUGGUGUCCAAACCAACCUAUCAGGUCACUCAAAGCCAACCCGACAACAAAUCACUGGUGUCCAAACCAACCUAUCAGGUCACUCAAAGCCAACCCGACAACAAAUCACUGGUGUCCAAACCAACCUAUCAGGUCACUCAAAGCCAACCCGACACACCAUUUUGUUAUUACAUUUUGCCAGGGAUGCCCACCUCCCCUUUAAAAACGGUAGUUUGGUAAAUGCUUGUGUUAAUCUCCCUGCUUUUAAUACCGCAGAGGGAGAAGAACGAUGAGGUAUUCGUGAUAGGAAAACAAGCGGUGAAAGAAGAAACAUUAAAAUAUACACCAUCCCAUUUGCACAUUGAUAACAUUUACCUAAUCUAGUAUACACCGUGUAUACACUGAGUGGACAAAACAUUAGGAACACCUACUUACUCUAUCCGUUGACGUAGGCUGACCAGGUGAAUCCAGGUGAAGGGUAUGAAGUCGAUUAUUAAAUCUACUUCCGAGUGGCGCAGCGGUCUAAUGCACUGCAUCUCAGUGCUAGAGGCAUCACUACAGACCUGGGUUUGAUCUCGGGCUGUAUCAUAACCGCCCGUGAUCGGGAGGCACACAAUUGGCACAGCGUCGUCCGGGUUAGGGGAGGGUUUGUCCCGGCGUAGGCCGUCAUUGUAAAAUAAGAAUUUGUUCUUAACUGACUUGCCUAGUUAAAUAAAAAUCAGUAUAGAUGAAGGGCAGGUUAAAGAAUUAUUUUUAAGCCCUGAUACAAUUUAUACAGAUUGUGUGUGUGUGCAGAUUCAGACAGAUGGUGAAUGGGCAAGACAACAGAGUUAAGACCAGCCUCCCUGUGGAACACUUUCAACACCUUGUAGAGUCCAUACCCCGAUGAAUUGUGGCUGUUUUGAGGGCAAAGGAUUGGGGGUGGGUGCAACUCAAUAUUAGGAUGGUGUUCUUAAUGUUUUGUACACUCAGUGUCUAUUGGUUACAAAACUAACAAUGCGGCCUACAGUUGAGUCUCAAUACGAUGCCUUAACAUUAUUUAUACCAUGGCAUUGUUGGAUACUCUGUUUCUGAUUGGCUUGAAGGGCAUUCCAGAGCGUGCAUUAUUUCCCUAUAACACACAGUAUUUCAGCACGGUAGAAUUCAAUGGCUAUAGUUCAUUCUUACAUGUUAUAUGUUUAAGCUGCUUUUAAAAACAAAAGUAUAUUUGAAAAACUGCAUUUUUGAAUUAGAUUUUCAUUAUAGCAAGCUUGGACCGAUGGUUUGCUUAAUAACUAAACUAGCAAGUCUGUUUGUUUGGUUCCCGUGGCAACUUUCUAGCUACUUUGCAAAUGAACACAUUUCUAGCGGCAAACGUGUUUAAUUUAUAGCUGUGGUAUAAAAGGAAUAAUCAACUCAGGCUCUCUGGGAAAUAGUGCAAUUCAGUGGAAGGUUAGUUUCGCUCCGCUAGCGCGUCGUGGAACACACCUUCGACGUCGUGCAUUAUCUUCCACGUCGUGCAUUAUUGUCCAUAGAACGCAUCUUGUUGAUUAUCCCUUACAUGUUGUCUCAAAAACACACUGACAUUUACAAUCUAUGUCGAGAAUUUUUUUUCAAUCUCGAUGUCAUUAGGCUCAGGAUAUUCCUCCAAACUUCACUUCAAAAUGUAAUACAAUAGAUUUUCAUAGAUGCGCUCCAUGACUUGAAGAGAGAUUCUUCAACUUGAGUGAUGCGCUCUAGGCCACUUUAUUCAAGGUGCAACUGAAACGUGACUAUUCCAAAACCCUCCGAAAGACACACACACAGGUUGGAGCAGCCUUACCACCGAGCCCGUGGAACAGUUGCUGUACGGGGUUAAGUGCCUUGCUCAAGAUCACAACGGCAGGCAAUGGCAUCUAGGAUGUGAUACCAACAACCAUCUCGUUGCCUGUUCACUUCCCAAACGAUUUUUCCCAUCCGACCUCGGGUUUCAAACUGGCAACCCUCUGGAUGCUGGCUAACCUCUAACUGCCAGGCUACCUGUUACUUUGGAUUGGGUGACUGUUAUGUAUACCGAUACAGACUGUUCAACGUAAAAACAUGUCAUCAAAGUCAAUAAAUGACAAAAACACUUUCUUGGCAUGUAUCUCUACUUGACAUUUCGUUGUUUUUUUCUUCCAGAAAGUCUGACAAGAAACAGAAUAAUAAUUUCCGACAAUAUAAGUAAAUAUAAAUAAAACACCCAUGUUACAAUAACAUUAUAUUGUAUGUUUCAUGUGAUUGGAAGUUUAACUGAUCUAAUCACAACUUGCUCAAGAGGAUGGAAAUGGAACAAAAUAAAUGGCUGUUUAUUUGUGAAAAUAAAACGUGCAUCCAGCCAUCAUGUGACGAUGUAGGAACGCUUGACGUAUCACACACUAGUCAUCAUGUGAUGACGUAGGGAACGCUUGACGUAUCACACACACUAGUCAUCCAUCACUGACAGCGACGUGGAUAGUUCAUAGUAAUAACAAUAUCAGCUGGUUUCUGGGUAUGUCCUGGUUGGCACUUCACACCCUACUUUUUUCAAUUGUAACUGAAAUCAAGUAUUUUUUGUAUUUAAUGUAACACCUCAGAUAAUGUCACAUUUAACCACGAGAGAGCCAUUAUAGAUAUUACAUGAGUAUUUGUGUAUUUAAAAAAAAAAAAAGACACCAGAACGAAAAUAAAUAUUU